UUGCACCUAUCUACACCGAAAAGGGACUUCAUUUAUGCACCUCAGUGUACAUCUUUUCUUACUAAUCCAUAUAAUUCUCUAAUAAAGUACUAAAAUGGAUAUCUUGAAAGCAGAGAUAAUGAGAAAGCGUAAAGAAUUAGAGGACAGUCAUAUCUUGGAAAAUAAUAAAAAAUAUUUCAAGAGGAGUCAAUUAAUAUCGAAGGAGCAGGAGAUAUGUGAAACUGACAAAGGAAAGAGCGAAGCUGCUCCUUCGAAUGCAAGCCAAGAAUCAGAGGAAUGCAUAAUGGAUAGUAGUUCGGAACAUCUGCUAUCUAGACAAGAAGUGAUCAGGCGAUUACGCGAACGGGCAGAACCAAUAUUAUUAUUUGGUGAAUCUCACAUAGAAGCAUUCAAGAGACUAAGAAAAUGUGAGAUUCUUGAACCAGAAGUAAACAAGGGUUUCCGAAACGAUUUUCAAGAAGCCAUGGAACAGGUGGAUCAAGCAUAUCUCAAUGAGAUCUUGACAUCUUCCAAGUCGCAAAGUCUGGAUGGGAAGGGAGAUGUGAAUGUGCCGGAUGAAGGUGUCACCUAUGAAGACAUAGAGAAAAUGUCGACGAAAUUGAACAAGGGAGAUAAGGAUUUCGAUAUGAAUGUCAUCACCAUGUUCGUACAGUAUCUAGUCCAGAUCUGGGGCAAUCAGCUAAACAGCCGGUCGACUGUUGAAAAAAUGGGCACAAAGGGAAAAAUGAACAGUGCUACAUAUGCUCAAACCCGAGAAUACUUGAAGCCACUUUUACGGAAAUUGAAGAACAAAUCUCUUCCCGAAGACAUAACAGACAGUUUGACCGAAAUUGUUAAACAUUUACUAGAGCGUAAUUACAUCUUGGCUAGCGAUGCCUAUCUGCAAAUGGCUAUAGGCAAUUCCCCAUGGCCCAUUGGUGUAACUAUGGUCGGUAUUCACGCACGUACCGGUAGAGAAAAGAUCUUCUCGAAGAACGUCGCACACGUGAUGAACGAUGAAACUCAGAGGAAGUACAUUCAAGCACUCAAGAGACUGAUGACUAAAUGCCAAGAGUACUAUCCUACGGAUCCCUCACGCUGUGUGGAAUAUUCAAAAAAUUAGGUUUUUCUGAUAAAAUGUAUAAAUAAGACGAUAUGUUAUCUACAUUUACUAUUUAUAUUUUAUCUGUAUAUUUUUUAACAAAUUAUCCUAAACUGUACACACAUACGCACGCAGAUUAUCUGUUACAGAAAAAUGCUAUGGUUCGACUCAAGUGCAAAAGAAGCGUAUAAAAAAAUUAUUCAAUCUAUAGUGCAGAUAUGCACUUACAAUGUAUAUAUAAGAAUGGUCUAAUGUAAACUCGAGAUAUUAAUAAUAAUAUCGAAGAAAACUAGUUGAAUUUAGACGAUA